AUGUAUAAAAUGGAUUACUCCUACCUGAACUCCUAUGACUCCUGCAUGGCGGCCAUGGAAGCCUCGGCCUAUGCGGACUUCAGCUCCUGCAGCCAGGCCAGCUCCUUCCAGUACAACCCGAUCCGGAGCGGGCCCUUCUCCAACCCGGGCUGCACCCCCCUCAGCACGGCCAGCUGCACCCUGGGUGCCCUGCGAGAGCACCAGCCCACUCCCUACUCCACAGUCCCGUACAAGUUCUUCUCGGACCCCUCCGGCCUGAACGAGAAGAGGAAGCAGCGGCGCAUCCGGACGACCUUCACCAGCUCCCAGCUGAAGGAGCUGGAGCGGGUGUUCGCCGAGACGCACUACCCCGACAUCUACACCCGGGAGGAGCUGGCGCUGAAGAUAGACCUCACCGAGGCCAGGGUGCAGGUGUGGUUUCAGAACAGGCGUGCAAAGUUCCGUAAGCAGGAGCGAGCAGCCAACGCCAAAUCAGGUGCAAACAGCUCUGGGAAGAAGGGCGGGGAGCCGAGGUCUUCCUCAGAUGAUGAUGAAUCCAAAGAAUCCACCUGCAGCCCCACUCCUGACAGCACCGCCUCGCUGCCAGGCUCGGCCAGUGGAAACAUGGGCAGCCCUGCCAGCCUGAGCCCCAGCCCCGCUCCAGCCAACAGCGGCUACGCCAACGCCUCCAGCUCGCCGGUUCUCCAAGGGUUGAAGCCGCCCAGCUGGUCCAGCCUGGGUCCGUCUAACCCGGCCAUGGCCCAGCCUGCCGCCCAGACUCAGGAGCUGCUGAAGGCCUGGCAGCCGGCGGACAGUAUGACCGGGCCCUUCGCCGGCGUCCUGUCCUCCUUCCACAGAAAACCCAACCCCACCAUCAAGACGAACCUGUUCUGAAGCACACAGGCAGAAACAGAGACACACUGUGUGGUCCACUGGAGCAGCAAGGAGUUUCUAGCUUUUUGUGGACAGAGUCAGGUCAUGCCCCGUUCACAUUAUAACCUUGAAUUCACUGUUGUAGUCUGCUGUAGUUCAGUGAAGUCCCUGGUCCUGCUGGUGUCCGCUCAAAACAACCAACAGCCCCGUCCACGUCCUGGAAGAUUUAAAUCUCAGCCACGCACAGAGAGACGUUUCAAAGGUCUGGUCACUGAUUUUCAUACCAAAAAGGAUUUAAUAUGCAGCUGUGCAUGUGUGAUACACUCAAAAAAAAUCAAGCCAGACAUGAUCAUGCUGUUGAGACACUGCACUCUGACCCUCAGACCAGAGCUUAUUGAUACAAAAAGUUGUC